UUCAGCGAGCUGGGGUCAAGAAAGGGGAAGGGCGGAAGCCAAGCGCUAGAGGCGCCGAGUGGAGGGACACCGGGGCGGAGCGGAGGAGGGGCGGCACAGCCCGACCGCGACCUGCCAAGCCCGCGUCGUUCUCUUCACGGCGCCUCGGAGCAGCCAUGCCGGGCCGCCUGCUGCGAGGCCUGAGGCAGCGAUGGCGCCGUUACAAGUACCGCUUCGUACCCUGGAUCGCGCUGAACCUAAGCCACAACCCGAGGACCCUCCGAUAUGUUCCAGAGGAAUCCAAAGACAAAGUUAUCUCAGAUGAAGAUGUCCUGGGACCAUUACUGAAAGUUUUCCGGGCUCUAUUCUUAAAUGAUUUCAAUAAACAAUCAGAUAUCUUGAGUAUGCUACCAGAACCUGUUAAAUCAAAAUAUCAAGACUUACUGGCAGUACAACAUCAAAGAGUGAAACUGCUUGAAUACAGACAUCAACAGCAAAAUAUCUUUAAACCAGAAGAAGUUCUUUAUAAUACGUUGGGUUUCAGUGUUGCCCUAGCACCUAGCUCAUUGAUUUCUGCUGGAAAAGGUGUCUUUGUUACUAAAGGAUUGGUACCAAAAGGCGCAGUUGUAUCUAUGUAUCCUGGUACAGUAUAUCAGAAGUAUGAGCCAAUCUUUUUCCAGUCCAUUGGAAACUCAUUUAUUUUUAGAUGCCUAGAUGGGGUACUCAUUGAUGGAAAUGACAAAGGAAUAUCAAAAGUUGUGUACAGAUCUUGCAGUGGGAGAGAUCAACUUGGCCCUUUAAAAAUGAGUGAUACUACGUGGUUAACAAAAGAAAUUCAUAAUCCACUGGCUGUAGGACAGUAUGUCAAUAAUUGUUCAAAUGAGCUGCUAAUGUCUGUUAUCAGGAAUUUGAUGUGCCUGCAGUUUUCCCUGUAGAACUGAAGCAGUAUCUUCCAAACAUUGCCUACAGCUCUGACAAACAAAGCCCACUUCGAUGUGUUGUUCUUGUUGCACUCAGGGACAUCAAGCAAGGAGAAGAGCUAUUUUCAAAUUACUACACAAUUGUCAGCUAAUUCUGUGAAUCAGAAAUUAGGUUUUCUACUCAUUAAGUUAAUUCUAAAUAUUUUUGUUACUUAUUUCUCUGAGUUCCACCUGUAGAACAAAUACUUUAAGACCUAAUUGGAGUAGGAAUUUUUGUUUUUAUUGAUAUUGUAUUCAUGUUUCAAUUCAUGAUAAAGGCUGCUUGCUUCAUUGCAGUUUCAAAUUUGUAAAGCAAUUUCGAUUUUAAUUGGUUUUCACCUAAGCACACAGCUUAUUAAAUUAAAACCUACUGCCUGAACUUACCAUUUCAAUUUUUUCUUUUGUGUAUUUUUCUUUCUCUGUGGUAGUUUGUAAAAUUGUAGCCAAGUCAUCAGCAAUUCUUGCAGUACUGCUUACAUGUAUAAACUUG